UUCUCCCCUCGCGCUAUAAAUGAUCAUCUCCCUUCACCCAAUUCCCCAUCAAGCAUUUCAAGUGUAACAAAAGUUAUCAUCAAUCAAUCACUCACAUUCAUUAAUUUCUGAGAAUAAGCAAAAAUGUCACUGAUUCCGAGCUUCUUCGGCCGUCGCAGCAGCAACGUUUUCGACCCUUUCUCCCUGGAUGUAUGGGAUCCCUUCGAGGGCUUUCCUCUCUCCACCAACUUCCCCUCCUCCGCCCGUGAAACCAGCGCGGUGGCCGAUGCCCGCAUCGACUGGAAAGAGACGCCAGAGGCCCAUCUCUUCAAAGUUGAUGUUCCUGGAUUGAAGAAAGAGGAAGUCAAGGUUGAGGUUGAGGAUGGUGGCAUUCUGCAAAUCAGUGGAGAGAGAAGCAAGGAGCAGGAAGAGAAGAACGACAAAUGGUACCGUGUGGAGAGGAGCAGUGGCAAGUUCUGCCGCCGCUUCAGGCUGCCGGAGAAUGCCAAGCUGGAACAGGUGAAGGCGGCGAUGGAGAACGGGGUGUUGACUGUGACGGUGCCAAAGGAGGAAGUGAAGAAGCCAGAAGUGAAGGCUAUUGAUAUUUCUGGUUAAGUGGAAAAUUUGGCGGAAGUUGUUCUUGAUUUUCAGCCUGUGAAGACUGAAGUAUGAAGAUUACUGUAUUUUUAUUACCCUACUGUAAUGUAAACUAUCAUCAAAAAGUUGUGUGAGGUUGUUAAAGAAACAAAGUGUUUUCAUAUUGUCUUCUUCUAAUUUAA